AUGGGAACCGUGCUGUCUCUGUCCCCGAGCUACCGCAAGGCGGCGCUGUUUGAGGACGGCCCGGCCACGGUGGGCCACUACACGGCCGUGCAGAACAGCAAGAAUGCCAAGGACAAGAACCUGAAGCGCAACGCGCUCAUCAACGUGCUGCCGUGGAAACGCAUCGUGGCCGUCUCGGCCAAGAAAAAGGGUUCCAAGAAGGUGCAGCCCAAUGCCAACGGCUACCAGAACAACGUCACGCACCUCAACAACGAGAACCUGAAGAAGUCGCAGUCCUGCGCCAACCUCUCCACCUUCGCCCAGGACCAGAGUGGCGGCAGCCCAACCAAGAACGCCAACAACACCUCGGCCUCGUCCGUCAAGAAGGCGCCCCUGGCCAACUCCAAUGCCGCCUCCGGCACGCCCAAGCGCGUCAUCGUCCAGGCCUCCACCAGCGAGCUGCUGCGGUGCCUGGGCGAGUUCCUGUGCGGCCGCUGCUACCGCCUCAAGCACCUGUCGCCGGCCGACCCGGUGCUCUGGCUGCGCGCCGUGGACCGCUCCUUACUCCUCCAGGGCUGGCAGGACCAGGCCUUCGUCACGCCCGCCAACGUGGUCUUCGUGUACAUGCUGUGCCGCGACGUGGUCUCCUCCGAGGUGGCCACGGAGCACGAGCUGCAGGCCGUGCUGCUCACCUGCCUCUACCUGUCCUACUCGUACAUGGGCAACGAGAUCUCCUAUCCGCUCAAGCCCUUCCUGGUGGAGAGCUCCAAGGAGACCUUCUGGGACCGCUGCCUCUCCAUCAUCAACCUGAUGAGCUCCAAGAUGCUGCAGAUCAACUCGGACCCGCACUACUUCACGCAGGUCUUCGCCGACCUCAAGAACGAGAGCCAGAAGGAGGAGGAGAGGAGUCGCCUCCUCAUCGGCCUGGACCGGUGA